CGCUCGGAUCCCAGAUUCAAAUGAAAGUAUCCACAAAAUCAGCGAGACAAUCUGCAUUUUCCUUCAUUUUUCUCGGAAAAUUUAGUGAAAUCUUGGGAGAAAAGCUGUAGGGAUUCAUAAUUGAGAGAAAAUGGAUUCUCCUGAAGGAGAUCGGAUUCCCGUGUCAGCAUCGACUGCUUCAUCUCCCGCCGUACAAGAGUCACCUUUCUUUAGCUUUGCUAGUAGCCUCUCUCCAAUUAAAUCCGUUAAGGCAGCACGGUAUACAACGAGGUUUUCUGAAACUAGUUUCCCAAGCACACCAUCAGUGUUUAAAUCACCUCAUCCAGACCUGCAGCGAGAAACCACUUUUCUGAAAAGAGAUGAGACGUUCUCUUUACCUUCUGAAACAGAAAAUGAAAUAAGUUUACAUACUUAUGGACAAGUUGAUCCACAGUUAAAUUCAGGGUUGAUACCAUGCUCUCAAAAGGAGGUCCAGUCUGGCAGUCCUUCAGGAUGUGUUGAUCAAUACCUGACUGAUCCUGCAGAGGUGGAAAUUAAGGAUGAUGCAAAAGGAUGUGUGAAACCUACUGCUGCUGAUUCAUCUCAGCUAUUGCAGAGAGUUUUUACUGGAUCUGAAGUUACCACUGAAAAAGAUAAUGCUGACGGCAGCAAUGCAGUGGUUCGAGCACAGACAUUGCCUGAUCUUGCAGAAAAGAACUGGCCUUCAGAGUCACUGAAUUUAAUUCAGACCUCUGAUGAAAAGGCUCAUGAUGAAACGUAUGAUGAAUACCUGGAGUUUAUGUCAAAAAGAGCUGAGGAUCAUGCUGAGUCUAAUAUGCUUUUAGAACAUCUGGGGGAGGAUCUGAAUGCAGGUGGUCAACAUAGUGAAUGUGAUGAUAGUUGUCCGCAUAAAAGCCAAACAGAAAGUUGUAGACCAAUAUCAGAAGGAUUUGCUGAGGUUGCUCAUAGCCAACGUGGAAUACGUAGACAUCUUCAAUUUGAAGCAGAAAGAGCCUCCUGUAGUUCUGCUACUCUUAAUCAAAAUAGUUCUUCAAAUAUGGAGAUUUCAGUACCUUACAAUAUUCAACCCCAAGGUAGUGGACAGGCAAUCAGCUGCACCAAGACUGUUGCCUUUCAGAUGCCUUUCUUUCCAUCAGACAAAGAUAAGUCCACUGAACAUGGUGGAAACAUGGUCAUCUCUGCUCCUAUUCAAUCUGGUAUUGGUUUGCAUUUGAAUUCCAUUGGAAGAUCUGUGUCUGUGGAUUCUGAUAUAACUGUAAGCAAGAAAUUGGGCUCUUAUUCAAGUUCACUCGAGGAAAAGCUAGUGCCUGGGAGGAGCCAUAACUUUGCAGAGGACUUAAGUGUGAUCUCAGUGCCAACAAUUAAAGAAAUUCUUGAUACUGGGAACUAUAACCAUCAGGAAGCUCAAGCUUUUGUUGCUUCCACUGAAGGUCUUCUACCUGACAAUAUGGCAUCAUUUCAUUCUCUGCCUUUAUCAUGUUUAGAUCAGCAGGCUCCUCUAUGUGAGGAGAAAAUGACUGGUCCACAAGAUGCUGACAAAUUUGAGGAGCCAGGCCAAAAUAGCCCCAAAAGGAAUAGGAAGAGGGCAAAAAGUACCAGUGAGACUGAAGGUUGCAAACGUUGCAAUUGCAAGAGAUCCCGGUGCUUGAAACUUUACUGCGAGUGCUUUGCUGCUGGAGUUUACUGCAUAGAUUCCUGUGCAUGUGAGAACUGUUUUAAUAAGCCUGAAUAUGUGGACAAAGUUCUUGAAACACGAGAACAAAUUGAAUUGCGUAAUCCUCUUGCAUUUGCUCCAAAGAUUGUAAAACAUGCCAAUGAUUCUCCAGCAUAUGCUGUGGAAGAAGGAAACCGGACAACUCCAUCCUCAGCCCGGCACAAAAGAGGAUGCAAUUGCAAGAAGUCAAAGUGCCUCAAAAAGUACUGUGAAUGCUAUCAGUCAAAAGUUGGAUGCUCUGAUGGAUGCCGGUGUGAGGGUUGUAACAACUCCUUUGGCAAGAAGCCAGAAUCUAAAUUCCCAAAAAUGGAAAGAUGGAAGAACCUAUCACAUGAGAAACAGGAUUCUGCAGAGACUGUGAAUGAUGGCAUCAAAACUAGGACCAGAAAUCAGUUUUCACCAAUAUGGGAAGGACUAGCUGAUGUAAGUCACAUCACGCCUAGCCUCCAGUUGAAAGAUCGCCUUCAUGAGCACUCCUCACCAUUUGUGAGCAAGGCUUCACAUGAAGUGGGUUCUGGCAGUAGUGAUAUGGCGGGCAUUGAUACACCUGACUUGCUUAAGGACAAUUCUUCACCCACCGAGGGAUUUCAAGCUAGCUCACCAAAACAGAAACGAGUAUCUCCUCCACAACAUGGGUCACAGAGGUUAAGUUCAGGCACUACACAAGGUUUGAGAAGUGGCCGCAAAUUUAUUUUGCAAGCUGUUCCUUCUUUCCCUCCUCUGACCCCAUAUAGUAACACCAAGAUCAAAAUUAAUCAAAGUGAUAAUCAAGAUAGUGUUCAUCAUGAUCAAUGAUCUGGGUUUACUUUGAAAUCGCUUCAUUAGUUUGAAGGAGGCACUGUGUAUUGUCAACUAUCUCCGUUGCCAACAUAGGUUGCUGCUUCUAGGCCAUUUUCUUUGUAGCUUGUGAGGUUUGGUAACGUUGCAAGUAGCCAGUGACAUGUCAAAUGUAAUCAAUGUUUGUGAAAAUGGAUAUAUAAUUAGAAACCAGUAUUACUGUUUUCUUGUCAUCCUGAUCCUGUACUACCCUUAGACAAGUGCUGUUUUGGUUGUUAAUAAUAAUACCGCUCUUUU